AUGCGACGCCCGCAUGCCCGCAACCGGGUCGAUUCAAAUACCAACGACCAGCAGAAAAUGGAUCCUGCUAUCAAAUUCCAUACUCGAACCAUCUCAACCCGAUCCACCAAAUCUAAACACACCAAAUCCAAGCUAGCUAUUGUCAUAACCCUAAUCGGCCUCUUAUCUUGCUAUUACCUCCUUAAAUCAAAAACGAAACCGUUUUCUAAAAAAUACGGUAUCAUAAUCGACGGAGGGAGUACGGGUACCCGGAUUCAUGUUUUCGGGUACCGAAUUGAGAGCGGAGGAAAAGUUGUGUUUGACUUUGAAGAAGGGGUAAUGAAGGUGAAUCCUGGGUUAUCGGCGUAUGCGGAGGAUCCGGAAGGGGCAGGCGGGUCAGUGGAGGAAUUGGUGGAGUUUGGGAAAAGGAGAGUGCCUAGAGAAUUGUGGGGAGAGACUGAGGUUUGGUUAAUGGCGACUGCCGGAAUGCGGUUGCUUGAUUCCGAGGUACAAGAUCGGAUUUUGGAUGCGUGUAGACGGGUUUUGAGGAAGUCUGGGUUUAAGUUUCAGGAUAGUUGGGCUUCUGUUAUUACUGGGUCGGACGAGGGGUUAUAUGCUUGGGUUAUUGCGAAUUAUGCAUUGGGUGCUCUUGGUGGUGAUCCUUUGGAAACUACUGGGAUUAUUGAACUUGGUGGGGCUUCUGCUCAGGUGACAUUUGUUUCAACUGAGCCAGUGCCUCCUGAGUUCUCACGUACUAUUAAGUUUGGGAAUUUUACUUACAAUAUCUAUAGCCAUAGCUUUCUUCAUUUUGGACAGAAUGCUGCAUUUGAAGCAUUGAGGGAAUCUCUUGUCUCAGGAAACCAUCAUUCGGCUGCUGAAUCUCUUGAAAAGGGAAUAGUUAUGGAUCCUUGUACUCCCAAGGGAUACUCACAUGAUGUGGAGUCUUGGAAGCUCUCCCCAGGUUCUUUGACUGAAAAGAACAGAUUUGCAUCCACUCUUCAUUCUAGGGGCAACUUUUCUGAGUGCAGAUCAGCUGCACUAACACUGUUACACAAGGGAAAAGAGAGAUGUUCCUAUCAGGAUUGCCACAUAGGAUCAACAUUCAUACCUAAGCUUCAGGGGAAGUUCUUGGCCACUGAAAAUUUCUUCCAUACAUCAAAGUUCUUUGGACUGGGUCAAAGGGCGUUUCUUUCCAAUCUCAUAGUAGCUGGAGAACAGUUUUGUGGAGAGGAUUGGUCCAGGUUGAAAAAGAAACACCAGUCAUUCAAAGAUGAGGAUCUAGUGCACUAUUGCUUCUCCUCAGCAUAUAUUGUUGCCCUGCUUCAUGACAGCCUUGGUAUUGCACUUGAUGACCAAAGGUAA